AUGGCUUCUCUUCUUUUCCUUCUUCUUCUUUUGCUCACUUUUCCUUCAGCAGAGUCCAAGACUUACUGGGGUGACGUGGCAGCUCUUCAAGACUUCAAGAACUCCAUAGAUGCCAAAUCCAUGAGCCCUGGCUCUUGUCUCACUUCAUGGGAUUUCUCUCUCGAUCCCUGCGACAGUUUGUUCAGCGACAAGUUCACUUGCGGCUUCCGUUGCGACUCUGUCGUUUCCGGGUCGGGUCGGGUCACGGAGAUCAGUCUCGACCAUCCCGGUUACUCCGGCUCCCUCUCCUCCGUCUCCUUCAACCUCCCUUACCUUCAGACACUCGAUCUCUCCGGCAACUACUUCUCCGGUCCACUACCCGACUCCCUCUCCAACCUCACCCGCCUGACCCGCCUCACAGUUUCCGGAAACUCCUUCUCAGGAUCCAUACCCGAUUCAAUCGGGUCGAUGCUGGCUCUCGAGGAGCUCCAACUCGACAACAACCGUCUCGACGGCUCCAUUCCGGCGAGUUUAAACGGCCUUCAAAAUCUGAAACGGCUAGAAAUCCAGCUCAACAACAUCACCGGCGAAUUUCCCGAUCUGAACAAGCUCAAAAACCUUAAUUACCUCGACGCGAGUGAUAACCGGAUCUCGGGUCGGGUCCCGUCAUCUUUACCUGAAUCAGUAGUCCAAAUCUCCAUGCGAAAUAACCUCAUCGAAGGAACCAUCCCACAAAGCUUCAAAUUCCUACACUCUUUACAAGUUGUGGAUCUUAGCAACAACAGACUCAGUGGCUCAAUCCCAUCGUUCAUCUUCAAUCAUCGAACUCUCCAACAGCUAACACUCUCCUUCAAUGGCUUCACCUCUUUGGAUUCACCUUACUAUUCACCAUUGGGUCUUCCUAGCGAGCUAAUAUCCGUCGAUCUUAGCAACAACCAGAUCCAAGGCGUGUUACCUCUGUUCAUGGGUUUAUUACCAAAGCUCUCAGCUUUGUCGUUAGAGAACAACAGGUUCUAUGGAAUGAUUCCGACACAGUACGUCUGGAAAACCGUAUCGCCCGGAUCCGAUUUCGCCGGGUUUCAGAGACUGUUACUAGGCGGUAAUUUCUUAUUCGGAGUGGUUCCGGGUCCUUUGUUGGGGCUGAAGCCUGGAUCAGCGAAUUUGCAGCUCGCCGGAAACUGCUUCUCCUGGUGUCCGGCAACGUUUUUCUUCUGCCAAGGCCAAGAGCAGAGAUCUGCUACGGAGUGCAGAAAGUUUGGCCGUGUGAUUCCUUAG